AUGUUCUCCAUUUCCACGGCUCCCGCGAAGCAGUCGGUCACCGAGACCAUCUCUGUUCUGAGCGGUCGCCUAGGCUCUGCAACGCUUCUGGAGGAUCGACGAGCUGCCAUACUCGGCCUGCGCAGCUUCGCUAAGGAGUUCCCGGCGACGGUUGCUUCCGGUGCUUUGCGAAGCUUGAUCGGCGGCCUGGGCAAAGAUGGGGAGGAUGUCGAUACCGUCAAGGUGAUUUUGGAGACGUUGUUAAUGCUCUUCAAUCCGAACGAUGACAGUCCCGAAGCAUCUGAUGAAGUCAUGUUGUGGAUGGCAGACGAGUUCACGCAACGUCAGGAUAAUAUCACACUCCUACUCGACUUCCUCGAUUCGACCGACUUCUACCCCCGACUAUACUCGCUCCAGCUCCUCACGGCCAUACUCUCAGCCCGCACCGAGCGAACCGAAGAAUGUAUCUUCACUGCGCCCUUGGGCAUCUCGCGCUUGGUCGCCGUACUUGACGACCAGCGGGACGCGAUCCGGAACGAAGGGAUAGUACUUCUCACUUUCUUAACAUCCACGUCAACCGACGUACAGAAACUAGUUGCCUUUGAGAAUGCGUUCGAUCGCUUGUUUGCCAUCAUGGCGUCGGACGGCGCGCUUUCCCACGGAGGUCGUACAACCGAGGACUGCCUCAUCUUUCUCGCCAACCUCCUCCGAAGGAACACUUCGAACCAGUCCUUAUUCCGCGAAUCGGGUGGCAUAUUGCGACUUGCGGCAUUCCUCGAGGCUGCAUUGAGGGCUCAAGAGGAGGAAGGUGACGACGUAGCUUCAUGGGCGCAAGUGCAACGGAACCGUAAUAUAUACGCCCUCCUCGGCGUGGUCCGGCUGCUUCUCGCGGAGGGAGCAGUCGGUCUAUCCCAGAACCAGACAGCCCUGGGCCAACACGGGCUGCUGUACCACGCGCUACAGCUCUCGUUCAGCCGCGCGGCGCAGACGCCAAUCAAAGCAGAGGCACUGGUGACAUGCGCCGACAUCAUCAGGGGCAACACGGGGCUCCAGGAAAGCUUCGCCCAGUUCCAGGUCCCCGCCCCGCUAGCCCAUAAGGCACCGGGGACCGAGGCAUACGACGCCGAAGCAAACGGUGAUGGUGCAAACGUAUACGUUAUCGACGGCUUGCUGGACCUGACCCUGACGUCCUCCUCCACCGAGACAUUCGAUGUGCGCCGUGGCGCCUGUGAAUGUAUAAUGGCGUACUUCUUCAAACACUCGGAGAUUCGUCUGCAUUUUCUCCGGAGGGCGAUCGAGGGCUAUAGGUCGAGCGUGGACGAAACGGCCAACGUCCUGGCCGUGCUGCUUCGCCCAGAAACCGAAGAUCUCGUCAGUAACCCCUAUCGCAUAUGGUUCGCCGCCAUCAUUACCUUCCAUCUCUUGUUUGACAACCCGGAAGCCAAAAGUCUUGCCAUGGAGGUCACGGAAGGCGAUGCGGAAAACGGCGAGGAGGUUGUCACGAGUAUCCAGACGAUCACCGCGCACGCUGUUUCUGGGUUAAAUCGCGAACAAGACAGCCGCGUGGUGAUUGGCUAUCUCAUACUCCUCUUAGGCUGGAUGUUUGAAGACUUUGACGCCGUCGAUGACUUCCUUGAUCAAGGAAGCAACGUGCAGAGUCUCAUUGAGGCUGUUGUCCGCCAGAGCCAAGUAGAUGAUAUCGUCCAAGGUCUCAGCGCGAUGCUCUUGGGGGUCGUCUACGAAUUCUCCACGAAGGAUUCCCCCAUUCCCAGACCAAGUCUGCAUUCGAUACUACUCUCUCGAAUGGGACGGGAACGGUACUUUGACACAUUAUCCAAGUUGAGAAGCCAUCCGUUCAUGCGCGACUUUGAGGUGCUCCCGCAAAAGUUAGACGCCUCGGCAUCGGCUUCAGGUCGGCUUCCCGAUGUCUUCUUCGACGCUCUCUUUGUGAAUUUCUUCAAGGAUAACUACAGUCGGAUCCUUCGCGCCAUUGACCGGGACCCAGGCGUGGAGGUAUCCGUCGUUGCCAACGGUGUGCAGAAAGGCAUUUCCCGGCAGCUCGUGGAUUCUUUGCGCCAACAGUUGGAGGAGAAAGAGAGCGCGGUCCAGGAGGCGCAAGUUGCACUGGCCACGUUGGAGAGGCAACUGGAGCAAGAGCAAGCUGAUCACAAAAAGAGCCGAGAGGUGGCGGCCAUGGAUGUCUCCAAGGCCAAGGCCGAGGUCGAGGCUCUACGUCGUGACCGCGCGGUGGAACUCGAGGCGGAGCGUCGCAAGCUUUCAUCCUCACAAGAGGACCACAAGAGACAGCUGGACUACGUGAGAAAGUCAGGAGAAGCGGAGGCGGAGAAACUGCGGCGCAAGAAUGCAGCGGCAGAGGCGGAUUUCAAGAAGCAACUCGAACAAGCCAAACAGGCGUCGGAGAUCGAGGUCCAAAGGACAAGACAGCGUGCAGACGCUGAGAUCGCCGAUCUCCGUGCCACCAUUAGCAGACUCGAGUCUACCAAGGAGAAGUCUCAGGAGUUGCAGGCUCUACGGGAGGAACAUUCAGUUAAGCUAGCUGAGCAAAAAGAACAGCACGCCCUGGAUCUUGAGAAGCAGAUGAAGCUCACCACCGAGGCGGAGAACCGCGCGUCCAAACUGGAAACGGAAUUGAAGGGGGCACAGGAGAAGAUGCGCAAGCGCGAUAUCACUCUCAAAGAGGCCCAGGAAGCAAAGCAGGCAACGCAGACCGAGCUUGAUGAUCUACUCAUGGUCUUCUCCGACCUGGAGGACAAGGUGGCCCAGUAUAAAGCUCGACUGGAGAAAUUGGGAGAACAAGUCUCCGAUGGGGAGGAGGACGAGAGCGAGGAUGAGACUGAAGAAGGAGAUGGAGCCGCGAAUGCCAGCUGA